CACUACUAUAUAACAAAUAAUUUGAGCACUAGGGUGAAUGUCAGAGGCACUCUUAGCAGACGAGUUUGUAUACACAGUGAACAAUGUGGACACCGAGACCUUCCUCAUUCUAACUAGUGCUGGCAUUUGCAUUAGAGAUGGAAAGGGGGCCUACUCCUACCGGCUUAAGUACAUUCAUCUGUCAGAUGUUAUCGGAGCAAAAGUUCACUACGGAGCAAAAGAUAGUGUUUAUCUUUUAGUUCAUUAUUUCCCACUUAUAAAAAACAGGUUUAACGGUAAAAUACAACGCUGUAAAAAGCAAGUAAUCCUAUGUGCAAACCAACACGAGACAGCAAGUGGUAACGUGAGUCAGUGUAUGAAUUGGAGGAGAGCGAUCACCCAACAAAUAUACGGGUGUGACGAGACAGCAAGCGGAACCAUAACGUCAAAGAAGAGAACGUUUCUAGCUUUUGUAAACCCUAAAGGAGGCAAAGGUAUCGCCAAAAAGAUGUGGCUUAACACAGUCAAACCGAUGCUGGACGUGGCGGGAAUAACAAGCGAGGUAGUGUACACUGAGUACAGUGGUCACGCGCGAGAUUACGUGCAGGAGUGUAAAGAGCUCUUCAAGUAUUCUGCUAUCAUGACAGUUUCUGGUGAUGGUAUUGUAUUUGAAGUUUUUAACGGCCUGAUGAAACGAGAAGAUCACGCGGAGGCUAUUAAAAUACCACUUGCUAUCAUCCCUGGUGGUUCAGGAAACGGACUAUGUGCAGCAAUCCUCCAUCAGUCCACUGUUCCUGCAACUCUUAUGGAUGCUGUGUACGUUGCUAUUAGGGGUAUUUCCACACCACUGGAUAUGGUUCGGGUCGAGCAGGGAGAAAACGUCAUGUGGUCGUUUUUAUCUAUCGCGUGGGGCAUUUUGAGUGCUGUUGAUAUAGAAAGCGAAAAAAUGAGGUGGAUGGGCGAGGCGAGGUUCACGGUGGAAGCUGUUAAGAAGCUUGUAUCUUUCCCUGUUAAGAGUGGUAAAGUUUGGUUUGCACCGGUUGGAGAUGAGCCGGAAUCUAAAUCGACUGUUUCGUCCCCCCGACCCGUUCCCCGUCCAAAAAAGAUAGAAAAAGACUCGAUAAUGAAUAAAUCGAGCACCUCAGUUAUUUCAGGAAAUCUUGACGUAUCUGGGGACGCGAUCGGGGAAAUAUUAGACCCUAAUUUCGACUUCACGGCUCUUAACGACGUGGAUUCAGACUCGGACGGAGACUCGCAAGAUAUCGACUCUAAAAUACCGGACCGGAGUCGUGUUGUUUCGGAGUCUGUUACUUUACAGGAAUCUUCUGACACGUGUCAGUGUAAGAAAUGUGUCCCAGUACCUGAACUUGAUCCCGUAGCUCUUCAACAAAUAACUGAUAGUAUCGAGAAUAUUGGGCUGAACAGUGAUAUACCGGACUCUUGGAAAUUGAUAGAUGGUAAAUUCUCAACCAUAAUGGCGUUCAAGUUAACCCACCUUGCCCUAAAGUUUCAGUGUGCCAAGAAAAUGAAACUAGACUGCGGUUUUGUGCACCUAAUGCACUCCCAGGGCCGCUCCAAAAAGGAUUUUUACCAACUGUUGGUGAAUAACUGCACUCCUGAAUGUAACGAAACAAGGACCAUUCACUUUGAAAAGGUAAGAGCGUUCAGGCUCGAACCAGAGCUCUCGGAAUCAGGAGCGUACGUUACUAUUGACGGUGAGCUGGUACCGUACGAACCGCUACACGCCUGUAUAUUCAAGGGCAUCGCUCGAGUCAUCUGCUUACCAUUAAUGGAUUAAGAGACUUUGUUGUGGAAGGUCACGUGGUAUGGUGUGUGACGUCACGUGGUAUGGUGUGUGACGUCACGUGGUAUGGUGUGUGACGUCACGUGAUAUGGUUUGUGACGUCACGUGGUAUGGUGUGUGACGUCACGUGGUAUGGUGUGUGACGUCACGUGGUAUGGUGUGUGACGUCACGUGAUAUUGAGUGUGUUUCACUUGAUUCUGAUAGUGAUAUAUUAUUGCGUUUAUACGUUGUUCAUUUGUAUUAUAAUAUGUAGUUAAAUGUGAACACUUUGUUUAUAAAAGCUUUUUACAACAGUUUGGUAGCUCAGCUUUUAAUUUAUAAGUUCGUACUACGAACUUCGUAGUCGCAUAAUACUAUUAACAGCAUUAUUGAUAAAGAGAAAUUGAUUUUUUAGGGUUUCCAAAUAUUGGAAAAAUUGUACUGUUUUGGAGUAAUAUGAUGAUAAUAUGUACAUAACGAUUUUUUUGUAAUUGAUUAAUUAAUCAAAAAUUUAAUAGUCUUGAAUAAAAAGUAACGAGAUAAAAUUCAUUGUGACAGAAAGUUAAUUAUCAAAAUUUGACAUCGCCAAGACUAGUUUUAUUUAAUGAUAUUACUAUAAUUACUAAUAUUCAAUAAUGGUAAUCUUUCUUCGCUCUUAUGAGUGGGUCGAUCAUAUAGUUUGACAGUUGGUGACGAAGUGAGAGUCUCCAGUCAGUGUUUCAAAACAAUUAGUUGUCGACGCGGUUUCAAUAACGUUACAAUAACUUACAUAGUAUAUAGCUGCAAUUUACAAUGUUAAAAUAAACUAUCAAUACCAGAUCUCACUUCGUCACCAUCUGUCAAACUAAAUAUUCAAUAAUAUUACUAUUAUUAAUAUUCACAGUCCUUUCAAAUUCAACAGAUUUUGAAUUCGAGAACUGAUUCUCCAUUAUAUUUAAGUCUGUAUAAUAUCAUUUUCAGUGAUUAACUUUCGAGUACUCUGCAUUUAUAAAAAGAUACAAAAAGGACUGUGAAUGGCACUACAUUUUUCAAGAAUUUCUAUUUUCUAGAAUUUCAACCCCCUAGAUUUUCCUACGCUUUCUGGAUUACGACUUUAUUUGUUGUUUCACUUAAUAGUAAUACGAAUAUGUGGUAUAAUUUGUAACUGUAGUGUGAUUGUUAAGAAGAUUAUAUUCGUACGCAU